GAAACGAACGCGGAACGAGGGUUUGCGUCUGAGCUCAUCAAACAAAACUGUCAAAUAAGUUCAAGUCGAAUAGUCGAUUUAGUAUUUUUGAAAAAAACAAACAAUAAUCGUCUUCCCUACAUUAUUAUUCCUAUUUUAAUUGAGUGAUUUACGUGCGUGCUCUCUCGAAAAUGCCCGUCGAUUUUCCAGGAUUUGCUUAUGCGGCCGCAGUUGCUGCUGGAGGAAUUUUAGGUUAUUACAAAGCAGGCUCAAUCCCAUCACUAGGCGCGGGAUUAUUAUUUGGAAGUGCUCUGGCAUACGGUGCUUACCAAGUGUCUCAAGAUCCCUCGAACUAUACCGCUCAGCUUACUACCACUUCGAUUUUAGCUGGCGUAAUGGGCUACCGUUUUUACAAUUCUGGCAAAGUCAUGCCUGCCGGAGUUGUAUGUGCACUGUCCGUCGCUAUGAUAUUACGAAUAGCCGUACGUGCGGCGGGAUUAACUGACCGGAAGAUAGUUGGAUAAGUAUUACAGUAAAAUGUGCUAACAAUAGAAAUACAUUACCUAUCUCGACUAUUCAAUAACUCAACCCCUUUUGUUCCUUUUCAGUCAAUUUGUUAAGAUACCAAGCUCACUAGGAUGCAAAAGGUAGUGGUAAUCGGUUGUAGAGUAGCGGAUAUUUGUUAAUGUUAUUCCUUAAUUGUUGCCAAAUUGUAAAGCUGUAUUUGCAAGAGUAUGAUAUUUUUAUGAAAUUAUAAAAAUACUAUAAUUUUGUCAGAAUUUUUAUACUUAUUGUUUAAAUAAAUAGAUGUUUAGGACCA